AUGCCACAACCUAUGCGACAGACCCAGCGAGUCCCCCGAACAUGCAUCCAAUGUGCUCGAAGAAAGAUCAAAUGCUCCAAGAAAAUACCAUGCGAAGAGUGCAUCCGGCGCGGUGAUACUGUCGCCUGCAAGCGCGAAAUUGUCAGAGUGCAUGGCAAGGUCACCGUCGCAGUAGAUGAAGAGAAACGGAUGGACGAUUCGGACUCGGAAUCAAACCUUGUGCGAGAAAACAUCAGCCUCAAAACUCGCAUUAGGCAGCUGGAAUCAGUACUUUCUCGGCCUGAAACGCUGAAACUUGAGGCAGAUAUCUUCCGAUUGUCUCCUGCUGCAGAGAACCCACAGUCUUCAGACAGAGUUCUGAACGACUUCCAAAGUCUCCCAUUUGGACUCUUGGUGGAAGCGUCACAAGUCUCCGGGGGCGCUAUUCAUCCGAGGGAUGACCACUUACUACUCGUAUUGCCAGAUCGGCAUUGGAGCGAAACUAUUGUACGGUUUUCUCUAACCCAUUUUGGGUGGGUCCAUUGCGCUUUAGAUACUUCGGCUUUUAUGACAGACCACUCUUCGUUCUGGGACCACCUCAGCCACAGCAGAUCAGAAAGCCUAAAGAAUCAUGCUUGGAUUGCGGUGUAUCUUAGUGUGCUGGCUAUAGGGGUAUAUUUCAUGGCAGACGAUCAUAUUUGCAAGAUCCGCUUUCUCCAGGAAUCACUCCCUUCUUACAGGUCAUCGCUCCUAAGUAGGGUACCCACGGAACUGUGCCGCAUCUGGUGCGAAGCUGCUCUGAAGGAGCUCGGCUAUGCCAACUACUUGAGCAAGCCCAGUAUUUCGACUGUGCAAACAUUGGUGAUUCUGAAUAUUGUGCAUAAAAACCUUGGCGAGUCAUGUCGCGAAUACACACUACACGGUCUCGCAGUGAAUAUUGCUCGCUUGAUUGGAAUUGAUCGUCUCGGAGGACGUUCCGAUAGACCCAGUAACUGUCUACUUAAAGACACAGGGCUGAUUCGGAAAAAUGAAAACGUUUACCGCAGGCUGUGGUGGACACUGGUGAUCUGCGACUGGAUGACCGUGUGGUCCCGCCCUAUUUCAAUACACCCGGACUCCUUCACGACAGUGCUAGAAACUGAGGAUGGAGAGGAAGUGCCACCAAUCAUAGCUGGUGAAGACAAGCAUAUUCCAUCUCCAUUUGAGUACCAUAAAGCAAUGGCCCAGCUCGCUGCAACCAUGCAGAACCACGCCAGAUCUAUCAACGAGUGGACCACAGUAGCUGUCCGAGCCUCCUUCGAGGAGCUCGACUCUGUGGCUGCAACCUUUCCGCCCCAUCUCUCAUACCCCGGAACCGACGAAUCUGUGCUUGCGGUCGAACAAGGACUUGAAUGGAUCCACGUCCAACGCAGUCUCAUUUUCAACUGUUUAGAUUGCUGGCACAUAAACCUAUGCGUCGCUCUAAUACCUCAACUACUCGGCAACCCAGCAACUGGAGAAGAUGAUGUGCAGCAGAGCGGGAUUUCCUGCGCAAAGGCCAUUCUGUCACGACGAUACCAUGAUCCAUGUCCCCACUUCCACAAGUUCUGGGCAACCACAUGCUCCACUGUCACGGCUGCUAUAUUUUUGGCUCUGGACCUGAUCUGCUUUCGCCAUCACCGAUCAUCUGCUGAAGUGGCUGAAGAAAAGGCCUUGAUCUUGUUCGGUAUCUAUCUUGUGGAGCGAACAUGCACAGAUACACGGCACGACGCCUUACUUGUCUUGCGCCGUCUUGUUGAGCUAUCCAACGUUCUGCGACCCAGACAAUUCAUCGACCAGAAGGUAUUCGUCCGGCUCAUGAAGCUUGUCGCUUCUCCCAAACUAUGGGCCUCAUUCUCUGAUACAGAGGUCACGUUGAGGUUUCUGUUUGCGGACCUGUCGUCCACUGGGGAGGCGAGCAAGUCGGCAUUAGACCAUGACGAGCAGAUACAAAGCACCGAUGCUGGCGACGUCACGUGUGGGAAUAUACUACCAAACACCCUGAGUCGGUUUGCAACAGUCUCAGGUGAAGCAGGGGACUUGCUUCCACUCGAGGACGAUCUCUUUUCCUCUGAGCUGUUUGACAUGUCGCUGCCGUGGUUGGAUCCUGGGAGCCUGAUGGCAUUUUCAAACGAAGCGUCAUUCUGA